GUGACAAUUACAAUUCAUAAGUUAUGAAUUUAACUAAAGAAAUUAAUAAAAAAUUAAUUGCAGUUAAAAUUAAUUAUUUUUUUCAAUUUUGUGCAAUUUCAUCAUUAUUUGUUUAUAUGAAUCCAAUACUCGCUACAUAUGGUUUAAAUUCAUAUCAAUUAGGAAUUACAUCAUUAUUUUCAAAUGCUUGUUCAUGUAUUUCAAGAAUUAUAUUUGGUAUGAUUGCAGAUCAUACAAAACAUCGUAAUUAUGUUUUAAUGGCUUUAUCAUCUGCAUCACUUGGUUUAAUGUUGUUAUUUUUAACAAUACCAAGAAAUAAAGAAUAUUUAUUCAAUGGAAACAUGAAUGAGAAUGGGGAAUUUGUAAUGCAUUUAACACCAUUAUUAAAAAAUGACAGUCAAAGUAAUUAUAUGGAGACACUUUUUAUUGAUGGAUUAAAUAUACCGCCAUGUUGGCCAAUGGUUUUAAAACAGUGUACAUCCAAUGAAAAUCUCAUUAUAUCAGAAAAGAAUUAUUACCUAAAAGCUUUUAAUUCUCACAAAUUAUCAAGAGUUUAUGUUGGAGAUAAAAAUCAUUCAUAUCAUCUGUCAAUACAUGUACAACAGAAGUUCCCAAUUAAUAAAACAAUUCAACUUAGUUGUGUAGAAAUUGAAACAUCGGAUGGAUCUGAUUGUGCGCCACUUGUUUGCGAGCAUAUACAGGAUGCAUCAUGGUCAGUUGUGAUAUUCGUUUUAAUUCUACGCUGUUUAGUUAGCUCAGCUCAUGCACCAAUUUCAAAUCUACUAGAUUCAGUAACAUUUUCAAUACUUGGAUCAGGAAAGGCACAUUUCUACGGUAGAUCAAGAGCACUAGGAUCAUUUGGUUUUAUGAUUGGUUCUCUAUUAACUGGUUUUGCAGUAUAUCAGUAUACAUCAAUAAAUUAUCAUCAUACAAUAAAUGAAACAAAUCUGAAUCUUUUAUACUAUACUAAUAAUUCAUUAAAUAUCAACUCAGUGAAUCCGAAUUAUAUACCAGCAAUUAUAAUCGCUUCAUUAUCAGUUGGCAUUGGUACAAUUGCAUCAAUAUUUUGUAACUAUGAUAAUACAAAAUCUGUAGAAACACAUUUUACAAAAGCAUUAACCACAGCAAUACGUUCACCAACAAUGAUUCAAUGUUUAGUGGUUGCAUUUAUGACUGGUUUGAUUAUAUCAUUUGUUGCUGAAUAUAAUUAUCUUAUUCUCACCACGAUCUAUCAUGUACCACAUUAUUUCCUAGGUUUAUUAACAACUAUAGCUAUUAUUGUAGAAAUACCAACAUUAUUAUUUAUUUCAGGUAUCACUGUAAAACGCUUUGGUGUGAUUGCAUGUCAAGUAAUUUCACAAAUAAUGUUAACUAUACAUUUCAUAUUUUAUACUUAUUCAACAAAUUAUUGGUAUCUCUUAAUUGGUGAAAUUGCUUACGGUAUAUCUUAUCCAAUCUUAAUGAAUGCUUUAUUAUUACAAACGGAAAAAGUUAGUUUUGAAAAAAUAAAUGAGAAUUAUCAAAUUUUAGCUAGUUUACAAGCUAUACUAACAAGUACUAUGUAUGGUUUAAGUAGUAGUUUAGGUGGAUUAAUAUGGGGUUUAUUAUUACAAUAUUUUAAAGCACGUACAUUAUUUUUUAUAGCAUUUAUUUACACUUCAAUUUGUGCAUUAUUUUUUCCAUUUAUUGCAUAUUAUUUAAACAAAUUAAAAUGUUAAAUAUUUUAAAUGUACUUAGAUUUUUUUCUAGCUCACACUAAUUAAACCUAUUGUGAUUAUAAUUUAUUCAUAAUAAAUAUUAUCAAAUUCAAUGCAAAAUAAACUGUUCUGUAGAGAUCUAUUAUAAAAAUAUAAAUUGGGGUGUUCAGAAAGUGGAA